AUGGAUUACAGUGCUUCGCUAAAGGAGUAUGCCGUUCCUGAAAGGAUCGGUAAGCUCUUCUUUCGCAAAGCUCCUGACACCUACAUUCUUCAACUAUCCACGUAUGCUGCUCCAAAGAAGAGAUCCACCGAGAAAACGCCUUCGCGGUGCACAGCAGACAUCCUGGAGGCGAUCUGUCAGAACUCCAAAUUCGAGAUGCCCACGUUCCUUUCGUCCCGCAGCAGCAAUAUCAUGCUACCUACCGAAGAUGACACAACGCUCACCGCAGAGUACCUGUAUCCGUCAUCGCCGUACUGGGAAGGAGAAAUACAAGGAAAGCCACAAGAGAUCAAGAACGAGGACUCGGACGUGUUUGAGUUUUGCGAGAGCUCUGUAUUCGAGAGCAUAGACUCGGAGAAAUAUUAG